ACUACGUUUCCCAGAGGACCCCGCUGCCCAGGGCUACUUCCGGCCGGGGCCGAGCUAGAAGGGUCUGGAGGCGGAGGCUCAGGGGGUGGAAGCGUGGAUGGGAGGGCUCGGGGUGGGGUACGCUGCCUCUCCUGGAAUCCGAAUCAGAACUUGGACAAGAGCCCUUCCCGAGGAUGCUCACGGAGUUGGUGGUAUUCAGAGAUGUGGCUAUAGAUGUUUCUCAGGAGGAAUGGGAAUGCCUGAAUCCUGCGCAGAGGAAUUUGUACAAAGAUGUGAUGUUGGAGAACUAUAGCAACUUGGUUUCACUUGGACUUUCUAUUUCUAAGCCAGCUGUGAUCGCCUCCUUGGAGCAAAAAAAACCCUGGAUGGUUGUGAGGGAAGUCACAGGAAGCUGGUGCCCAGACUUGGGAUCCAGAGAUGAGCCCAAGAAGUUAUCUCCAAAAAGGGACACUUAUGAAACAGAGUCAUCCCAAUGGGUUAUCAUGAAACAAUUUAAGAGCCAUAGUCCUGAGAGAUCUAUUUUCAGAGAUAUUUGGGAAUGCAAAUGUCAUUUUGGGCAACAACAGGGAAAACAGAAGAGCUAUUUUAGGCAGUUUAUGAUCAGUCAUGAAAACAUACCCAUUUUUAGUCAACAUACUUUACUCACUCAAGAAUUUUAUAAUAGAGAGAAAAUCUCUGGUUAUAAAAAGGGUAGAGAAAACUUUAACUGUCACUUAUUCUUUAAUGACUACAAAAGAAGUCAUUGUAAAGAAGAAUGUAAGGAAUGCACAGAAUUUAAUACAUCAUUUCUUAUUAAACAACAAAGAAUUAAAAAUGGCGAUAAAUGCAUGGAAUAUUGGAAGGCCUUUAUUCAUUGUCCGCAACUUAAUCAACAUCUGAGGAGCCAUACUGGUGAAAAACGCUAUGAAUGUAAAGAAUGUGGGAAGGCCUUCAAUUAUGGCUCAGAACUUACUCUACAUCAAAGAAUUCACACUGGUGAGAAACCCUAUGAAUGUAAAGAAUGUGGCAAAGCCUUUAGACAGCGGUCACAACUUACUCAACAUCAGAGGCUUCAUACUGGUGAAAAGCCUUACGAGUGUAAGCAAUGUGGGAAAGCGUUUAUUCGUGGCUUUCAACUUACUGAACAUCUGCGGCUUCACACAGGUGAGAAACCCUAUGACUGUAAGGAAUGUGGAAAGACUUUUAGGCAUCGCUCACACCUCACCAUACAUCAGAGAAUUCAUACUGGUGAGAAACCCUAUGAAUGUAGGGAAUGUGGAAAGGCCUUUAGCUAUCACUCAAGCUUCUCUCACCAUCAGAAAAUUCAUUCUGGCAAGAAACCUUAUGAAUGUAGUGAAUGUGGAAAGGCGUUUUGUGAUGGCUUACAACUUACCCUACACCGUAGGAUUCAUACUGGUGAGAAACCUUAUGAAUGUAAGGAAUGUGGGAAGACUUUUCGGCAGUGUUCACACCUUAAAAGACAUCAGAGAAUUCAUACUGGUGAGAAACCUCAUGAAUGUAUGAUAUGUGGAAAGGUCUUUAGACUUCAUUCACACCUUACUCAACAUCAGAGAAUUCAUACUGGUGAGAAACCCUAUGAAUGUAAGGAAUGUGGGAAAGCCUUUAGCUAUCAUUCAAGCUUUUCACAUCAUCAGAGAAUUCAUUCUGGAAAUAAACCUUAUGAAUGUGGGAAGGACUUUACUCAUGACUUACAAUUUAAUCUACAUCAGACACUUCAUUCUGGUGAGAAACCAGUAAGGUUUCCUUUCUUCUCUUCCCAUCCUAGUCUAGCAUUAUAAAUUUUUUUU